GUCCUGUACUUCUCGUGGAGAAGUAUCCAUGUGCUGUUUUCAAUAUACUAAACACCACAUUAGCUCACUUGUUUCGGCUUCACCAGACCACUUGGUUUUUAUAAUCUCACCGUCCACUCCAUUUACUAACAAAGUAACACUAACAAAACAAAAGUGAUGAGAAAUAAAUAAAUAAUAAAAGUUUACAGCAAAGAAACUCUUAAAAGGCAUCUUCCCCCCCUUUAUAAAUCACAAAUCCCAUGCAUAUCUCAUUCAGACAGGAACACACCCCACAGGCCAAAUUUCCAAAAAAUUAUAUUUUGUCCAUUGAUUUCCUGAAUCCAAAGAAUGGCCCCGGAAGCUGUUCAGGCAACCUCUAGAACUAUCGAGCCAACUUCAAGUCCCCGGAUUUCUUUCUCUGCUGAUUUCCUUGAUGAAAACAACUUCAUUUCCAUCAACCCACAUUCUCAAAAUGAAGAAAACGGGCAAGACAAAGGGAAGGAGGCCAAGGAGUGGGAGAAAGACAAGGCAAGAGCUGCAGAAUUUGAGUUCCUUUCAAGCAACGUGAGCAGCCAUGCCAUGUUGACAGCGGACGAGCUUUUCUUUGAAGGAAAGCUGCUUCCCUUUUGGCAAAUGCAGCAUUCCGAGAAGCUCAACAAAAUCAGCCUUAAAACCAAAGCUUCUGAAGAGGAAGGGGAGGAAGAAGUUAACAAGGAGGAGAGUAGGGUGAGUUGGUUUGUGGACGAUGACCCAUCUCCAAGGCCACCGAAAUGUACUGUAUUGUGGAAAGAGUUGCUGAGGCUGAAGAAGCAGCGCGCUUCUUCUUUAUCCCCAUCGUCUUCUUCCUCUUCAACAUCGUCUUCUUCGAGCUCGCUGGCUGACAUAGCUACAGCAGAAGAAGGAAAAGAAGGGUCUGGGAAUCGAGAUAAGCAUGUGAAGAGGAUAAAGAAAGGGUUGGAAAGAACAAGAUCAGCAAGCAUUAGGAUAAGGCCAAUGAUAAAUGUGCCCAUUUGCACACAAGUGAAAAGCAGCGCACUGCCUCCUCUGUUUCCCCUUAAGAAAGGAAGAUUAGAGAGGUGAAGCAAACAGAGCCAUAGUCGAGUUUGAUCUGGAAACUUAGGCUUGAUCAAUAUGUUCAUUUGUUUUUCAUUUCAUUUUCAAAUUUUAAACCCCUCACCCCACCCCUUUUUUUAUUUUUAUUUUUUUCUGUUCUUUUACGUUUAGAUAAAUCUUGAAUAUGAUGAGUGGUAGUCGGAUGUAUUACAAUGUAAAUGUUGACUAGUAUUUGUUGGUUAUUUCAUCAACAAAAAUAACUUUAUAAAUUUACUUUUUCCUUUAAUCAGCUAGAGUUGCAUUUCGUCAGGAUCUAAUCGAUUAGCUGGUGGAAAGUGAGCAGUCAUACCACAUGCAGGAUGCAGAGUUUGCGAAGUUUCAGGGUCCCACCCUGAAACAUCAGCCUAAGGAGUCUGAUCAAUGGUCUAACACCUAUGAAUCUCAGAAUUAUUUUUGGCAAAAGCAGGAAAGAUCCGGAAAAGCAAAUGCUUCUUUGAUUCCCCAUUUAUGCGCUUUGAAAGGUGCUUUGCUUCAGUGCAUCUGAGCAUUAUAGCACCAAGUAUCCAUCCUAAUUUCAAUUUUGUUUUUAUGCCAUUUGCGAUGGAGAGUUGAUUGGUU